GGGAGAGAGAGACACUAUCGUACGAAUACCUCACCACCCCCCGACGGUUUGCAAGCUGUUGUCCCGUUUAUACAUACAAAUCAGAAAGAGGGAGGGAGAGAGAGAGAGAGAGAUGCCGAGGGACAGAGAUAGAGAUCCAUUGGUAGUGGGGAGGGUGAUAGGGGAUGUGUUGGAUGCAUUCACCAGGUCCAUCUCUCUCCGUGUCAUCUACAACAACCGGGAGGUCAGCAACAGCUGCGAGCUCAAGCCGUCGCAGGUCGUCAACCAGCCUCGCAUCGAGAUCGGGGGAGAUGAUCUCCGGACCUUCUACACCCUGGUCAUGGUAGACCCUGAUGCACCCAGCCCUAGUGAUCCUAAUCUCAGAGAAUAUUUGCACUGGUUGGUGACUGAUAUUCCAGCAACGACAGGAGCGAGCUUCGGGCAGGAGAUUGUGUGCUACGAAAGUCCGCGUCCAUCGAUGGGAAUCCACCGGUUCGUCUUCGUGCUGUUCAGGCAACUGGGGCGGCAGACCGUGUACGCUCCGGGGUGGCGCCAGAACUUCAACACCAGGGACUUUGCUGAACUCUACAACCUGGGGUCCCCGGUCGCCGCUCUUUACUUCAACUGUCAGAGGGAGAGCGGCUCUGGUGGUCGACGACGAUGAUCAUCCAUCAUCUUCCGACGUAUCUCUCGAACCGUAUUGCUAGAAGCCCUAUAUAUGUAACUGGACGACCCACCUACGUGGUUAUGAAGGCAGAUUCAAUCCUCCAUGCAUGUAUAAAUGCAGAUCUAUAUGUACUAUUAUCCAUAUAAUCAAUGCCAGUCUUCGUAUUAUCAUCU